AUGGGUUCCAAUCCACCACCACCACCCAAAGAUCAGGAUGAGGCCUCGUCUCCGCCCGAGGAACUUGAUUACUAUGCCAUCCUUAAUCUUCCGCGCUCUCCACCUCCCACGGAAGCUCAGAUUCGGUCCGCGUACCGAACCCUCACGCUAAGUUUUCAUCCGGAUAAGCAGCCGGCGGAGUUGGCGGACUCUGCGCGACGACAUUUCGAUCGCAUUCAGGAGGCAUAUGAUACGUUGGUGGAUCCGAAGAAGAGGGCUGUGUAUGAUGAAUUGGGUGUGCAGGGGAUGAAGCAGGAAUGGGUGAUUCUUAACAGGAUCGCCAAGGAUAUGAGGGUCGGGGUGAGGGCCAUGUCUGGGGAGGAGUUUCGGGGGUGGUUUUUGGAAGUAAUGAAGAGGAGGGAGAGGGCUGUGGUGGAGGGGAUGGUUGGGUCGAGGGGCUCUAUCACUAUUGGGUUCGAUGCCUCUAAUGCCGUGUCCUACGAUGAGGAGGAGGACGCCUUAUAUAUUGAAAUGCCGUCGCCGAGGCCCUCGAAUUAUGCACUGGGGUUCUCUUUCAAGGCGCCACUGCCGCGGUUGGGCUUUUUCCUGGGAAAGGAAGGCGAGGAUGAGAAUGAGAGUGAAAAUGAUGAGGGCCAUGAAACGAGAAAACUGUUCAAGGAGUACGGUGAGGAAGCGGAGUUGACAUUCAACGCGGGCAUCUCGGGGGAGGUAGAGCAGAUGCACCAGGAAGCCAACUUCAAAUUCCCGGAUGGCAGGAAAGAAACUCACCUUCUGCCGCUGCCGUAUUUCUUGAUCGCGAACCAGAUUAAUCUGGGAGUCGGGGCAAGCCAACUAUUUGGGGGACCUUAUAGUGUUAAGGGCCUCGCAAAACCCCCGUUUGCGUUCAUGCAGAACUCCGUCAUGAGUGUGAACGCUUCAGUGUUGCCACACCCAUCGCUUGAGACAACCUGGACGAAGUCCUUCGUCCCUAUCCCUGGCGCGAAACCCAUCAGUGUGCAAGUCGAUGUUGAUUUUGAUCGGUCGCCACAACGGGCGCCCCCUCGUUUUGCUUUGAAGGUUACCAGGCAGAUUGGUGAUAGGAGGUUCUUGGUAAGUAGCUGGUCAAGCGGCUCCUUACUCUGGCCGAAACCUUUCCGCCACUUCUUUUUACCCCUCAUAGAGUUCGGGUUGAACGCCGACACUGCAAUGUCCGUUCCUACUCAUCCCAGCUUCUUCCAAAUCGGCGUCGUCUCUCAGCCCAAGCGGCAGAUUUCCCCAGCGGAUGUCGAGGAAGAGAUGGAGGGUGAUGAGGAGGAUGAAGAAUUUGAAAUGCUUCGCCGCCAGCAGCGCAAGGAAGUUGGAGCUGCCGAAGCUUGGCAGACGAAUGUGACAGCUACUCCGAUGCAAACUACAUUGUCAUUCGUUUAUUCGCGCAAUGUUUUCUCAGGAAAAUCGGCCUACGAGCGUUUACGCUCGGAAUGGAGCUCUGAGGGCCACCAUUCUUUGCCGGAGGACAAUGAGCCGCGAUCUGUACGUGUUAAUGUCGAGACUACCGUGGGGCUUGAUUUGGCGCUUGGAUGGCAUAUUGAGGGAACCCGCCAGGUUGGCGAUUUCACUCGCAUGGGUCUUGGUGUUGGUGUUCGAGAUAUGCAGGGCCUCGUCGUGACUGUAUCCUGGAGCAGGCUGGGCCAGAAGAUCAGGGUGCCCAUAUCUGUUAUCCCAUUUGGCCUUGUCGAUGUGGAUGUAGCUGCAAUGGCUGUUAUCUGCCCGUGGCUAGCGUACUGCGCGCUCGAAUUUGGGUUUAUCCGCCCAAGGGAAAGGAAGAGACAUCGCCGGGCGAUUGCCCGACGACAGAAGCAGCUGAGAAGGCUGGUGCCCAAGAAGCGGGCUGAGAGUCAAGAAGCCAUCGAAAUUAUGACUGAGCAAGUACAGCGCCGACAGGCGAAAGAGGCUAAGCAGGGAGGUUUGGUCAUCCUCCGGGCUGAGUACGGUUACUAUCCUUCGAAGAAGGACAGGGAAAGUGGCCGAGGAUUGGAAGUCACUGAUGUUUCCAUCCCGGUGGCUGCAUUGGUUGACCACGGACAACUGGCCAUCCCUAAGGAAAUGGCCAAGUCCCAUAUCCUUGGAUUCCACGACCCGGCUCCACUUCUGCCUAAGAUGCUCAAGAUAUGGUAUAAUUACCAUGGACGGGAGCAUUACAUUGAAGCAAAGGAAACCGAGGACAUUUCUUGUCCUAUGCGUUCGCAUCUAUUGUAA